AUGGCGCAUCGCUGCUCCGCGCCAUUAAGUCAGACUUCACUGGGCGAGUUUCUUCGGACAUUCCGAAGACGUGCCGGAGAGCGUGGCAUCACAGGGCCUUGCGAAAUCAUUAACGUCCUGGCUCGCGCGGCCUGGGAUCUACCUCUGCCCGCGCCGUGGCGCGAGGAGACCAGCAGUACCGGAGCAGUUUACUUCUGGAACGAAGUGCGGGGGGCGGCAAUGUGGCAGCAUCCGCUGAUGGAGGCUUUUCUGUCAGCUUUGGAGUCGAUGGUGGAAGUGGUUCGGGAAUCUGCUUCAAUCUCGGACGUCGUCGUGGCUCUGGCUGCCCACUUGAAAGCCAGCGAUGAGGUCGCCGCUGCCAAACUGGACGGCUGGUCCAGUCAUCUGCAAGAUGGCGUGGAGUACUUCUUCAACGAGGCGACGGGCCAAAGCUCCUGGGAGAACCCUGCCACUUCUGCGCAGAGUGAGCUCCAUGCACAAUACUGGCUGGCAGCACGAUUCCUCACGCACUUCUAUGGGGACGUGGCAGAGUUCGAGGAGAUGCCUGCAAUGGCAGGCGCUGCAGUCGGACCCCUCCUGGCCACCCUUAGCCGCCUAGAACCUCCGGAGGAGGUUCAAGACUACGCCGAGUGGAUCAGGGCCUCAUUGUCCAGCAGCUUACCAGCUUCAGACUUGCCUCCACGUCCGACCGUGCGCACACGCCCACCGCUGCCUCCGCUUACAGCGUUGCCUCUGAACGGCACCAGGGGUUCCGGCCCGUUGCCGCAUGUCCGCUGCGGUGCCGCUAGGCCUGCAGAGGCCCGGGAGGUCGAGCUCCCAGUCCUCCACAGAUCGGCCACAGCAAGCGGGCGGCUGGAGCGAAGGAGACUUCGGGGCCAAGCAGAGUUUCAAGCUGUGCUCGGAAGCCACGUUUCGGUGUCUUUAGGGAGCGGGCGUAAUCCCUUCCCCCUCAUAUUAAUCGUCUGUUUUUGA